UCUUCUUCUUCUGCUAUUAUGUGCCCUUAAAGCUUUAUAACUUUGCCAUAUUUAUUUUCUGAGGGCCUAGAAUAGAUGAAUAAAAAGUCUUCAUACAAAAGCCAUAUCAGAUAUUGCAGCACAAAUUAAGAACAUGGAGAAGAAAACAAUCAACUUCUUGAAAGGAAUAUUUGUGGUGAAUUUGAUUUGGUGGAUGGCUAAGACUACAGAAGCAAAGUACCACAAAUACAAAGACCCAAAACAACCCACAAAUGUAAGAGUAAAAGACUUAGUGGAUCAAAUGACUUUGGAGGAAAAGAUAGGCCAAAUGGUGCAGAUUGAACGCCUUGUUGCCACACCUGAGGUGGUGAACAAGUAUUUCAUUGGUAGUUUGCUAAGUGGGGGAGGAAGUGUUCCAACUCCAAAAGCAACCCCAGAAGAAUGGAUUGAUAUGGUGAAUGAAUUCCAAAAGGGGUCUUUAUCAACAAGGCUUGGGAUUCCAAUGAUUUAUGGGAUUGAUGCUGUUCAUGGCAACAACAAUGUCUACAAUGCAACCAUUUUUCCACACAAUGUUGGCUUAGGUGCUACUAGGGACCCUGCACUUGUGAAGAAGAUUGGUGCUGCAACUGCACUUGAAGCUAGGGCAACAGGCAUUCCAUAUGUUUUUGCUCCUUGUAUAGCGGUUUGUAGGGAUCCUAGAUGGGGUCGUUGUUAUGAAAGCUAUAGUGAAGAUCCCAUGAUUGUUCAAGCAAUGACUGAAAUUAUACCUGGAUUGCAAGGAGAUAUACCUCCUAACUCUCCUAAGGGGGUUCCCUUUGUAGCAGCAAAUAAAAAAAAGGUAGCAGCUUGUGCAAAACACUUUGUUGGUGAUGGAGGAACAACCAAAGGCAUAAAUGAAUAUGACACUGUGAUUAGCAAAGAUGAAUUGCUUGACAUUCACAUGCCUGCUUACUAUGAUUCAAUCUCCAAAGGUGUGGCAACAGUCAUGGUAUCUUACUCGAGUUGGAACAGCAUUAAGAUGCACGCUAACCGCGAUCUUAUCACUGGUUACCUCAAGAACACUCUCAAAUUCCAAGGUUUUGUCAUCUCAGAUUGGGAAGGUAUUGAUAGGAUUACCAAUCCUCCUCAUGCUAACUAUUCAUACUCCAUUGAAGCAAGCAUUACUGCUGGCAUUGACAUGGUAAUGCUACCAAGAACAUACAUAGAAUUCAUUGAUGGUCUAACCUUCCAAGUUAAAAAUAAGAUUAUUCCCAUGAGCAGAAUUGAUGAUGCUGUAGAAAGGAUCUUGAGGGUUAAGUUCACAAUGGGUCUAUUUGAGAAUCCAUUUGCUGAUCGCAACCUAGUCAAUGAGCUUGGUAGUCAGGAGCACAGAGAAUUGGCUAGGGAAGCAGUGAGAAAAUCACUAGUGUUACUUAAAAAUGGAGAAUCUACUAACAAGCCAUUGAUUCCCCUACCCAAGAAGGCAAAGAAAAUUCUAGUUGCAGGUACUCAUGCUCACAAUUUGGGAUAUCAGUGUGGUGGUUGGACCAUAGAGUGGCUUGGACUAAGUGGAAACAAUCUCACAAUUGGUACAACGAUUCUCACAGCUAUAAAAGAUACUGUUCAUCCCGAAACUAAAGUUGUGUACAAGGAAAACCCUAGUGCUGAAUUUGUCAAACUGAGUGAAUUCUCUUAUGCUAUAGUUGUAGUAGGAGAACAUCCAUAUGCAGAGACACCUGGGGACAACUUGAACUUGACAAUACCUGAACCUGGUCCAACUACCAUUUCAAAUGUUUGUGGAGCUGUGACAUGUGUGGCUGUACUCAUCACAGGUCGCCCUGUUGUGAUUCAACCUUAUAUUUCAGUAAUAGAUGCUCUUGUAGCUGCAUGGCUUCCUGGAACUGAAGGCCAAGGAGUUGCUGAUGUUUUGUUUGGAGAUUAUGGUUUCACUGGAAAGCUUCCUAGAACUUGGUUCAAGACUGUAGAGCAACUCCCCAUGAACUAUGGAGAUUCCUAUUAUGAUCCACUCUUCUCUUUUGGAUUUGGCCUCACUACACAACCUGCCAAGGUCCCAUUAAUUGGUCAUGCUGAAAAUUUCUCUAGUCAAAUUGUGAAAAUGUGAUAUAGAUUUUGAAAUAAACUCUAUCUAAUAAAUUUGCAUUUUAUUUUGAUGAAGUGGAAGUGGAAGUGGAACUGGACUAAUAAAGGUCAUGUUGGUAAUUA